ACAUAAAAAAAUACAAUUACAAAUGGCGUUUACGUAGUGUAGACAGAUGUGUUCACGGCCACGAUGGGCGAUGAUUCUUUGAUAUUACGAGAAGAUGGUUAUAUACGUAUGAACUUUCCUGUUACUUCUCUAACUUAUCAUAGCAACUUAAAUAUAAUUCUGGUGAAGACUGACGUAGGUGGUGUACACGUUUUGGAUGUGAACUCGGGUGUGAUACUGCAGUCUUCUUGUCUGUCAGCGGAUGAUGGUGGAACGCUUGGUGUGGAGUAUGCGACGGGGGCGGAUCGGGUGUUCGUGUGGGACAGUAGCGGAGUCGGUGCGCGCACUGACUACAAUGGAGUGCUGCUUCUCCACACGGCUCUGCAGCGCCCGCUGCCCUCCUCACAACCCGACAAAAUCAUAAGGAUCGAGCUUGUAUUGUCUGAGGCCGUGCUCCUGUACCAAUGUCUUCAGAGUCUAGACGCCCACUCCAUCGAGGGUCUGACAGACUUCAUCAACGAGCUGAAGAACUCCAUCGACGCAGAACCUGUCAGGAAAGGAGUGAAGGCCCAGAAGUGGAGCACAGUAACAAUCUGCCUACCACAAUCGACCCUUCGGCUAGUGACCACAGGCGUGGUUCAAGAGCUGAAGGGUCAGAACCGGCGGAUACCAGCGCUGGCGAUCGCGUCCGCAGUCGGCCAGCGCGCCAACGAGCUGGUGCCGUGCUCCCGAGAUGAAGAGACGAGGCCGCUCAUGUACAGCGAGGCUGAGAGGAAGGAGACCUUCAAACGAUGGCCCCACAUGGACUACAAAUGGGCACUCCCAGCUCGGAUGGCACAAGCGGGCUUCUACCACCAGCCUUCGCCUAGUGGUGAUGACCGCGCCAUGUGCUUCACAUGUCUCGUCUGCCUCGUGUGCUGGGAGAAGUCGGAUGAACCCUGGGUGGAACACGAGAGGCAUUCACCCAACUGUCCCUUCGUAAGAGGCGAAUACACCCACAAUGUGCCCAUAUCGGUGACCAACGCGACAGCAUGUGCAGUGCCUUGUACGAAUGUGACGGUGGUGUCCAAGGGCAACACAGGGGACCUCAUCGCGACGGGCACUCCUGAGGGCAAAGUGAACAUCUGGCGGUUCGACUGUGGCCUCAAACUUGUCAAGUUCAUUCACCUGUCGCCGUAUGAUUCGAUAUUCAGUGGCAUACUGGCGACUGACAGCAAUAAAGUAUGGUCCGCCAGCUUGGAGAAGGAUAGUUCUACAUACGGCGUCGAGCUGACGGCGAUGGCUUUCGUCGGGAUGACGUCACAGCAAGAAGUUUACCCACAGACACAAAACACAGAGAGCACAGAGAAAGAGACGAACACCAACAAAACGAAACCGUCCCUCAUCUGCGCCGUCGUCAUCACCAGGACAAACACUACACAGACUGACCAGCCCAUCAAAGAAGACUCCAGCAAGGCGCUCUUCGACUCGGGAGCCGACAAAGAAAGCGUUCAAGCAAUGAACGAUCAGAAUGAGGCAAAGAAUAAUUUGACAACAAAUAAAAUGCUCUUCCUUUUAACAUAUGACAUACACAGCUCAUUAGCUGGUUCAAUAACCACUGUAGUACACACGUCAAACAGUAGCGGUAACUCCAAGCCGGGAGGCAGCAAGAAAGUGUGCACGGUGCCGAGGCCCGACGACGCGAACAUUUACGACGAGAUAUACUUCCAAUACUCUGACGAGGACACAGAGCUUCCACAAUGCACAAAUAGCUUAGACGAGCAGAUUAGUAACGUUAUUAACUUGAACGCAUCGUCCAGCAAGGAGGAUUGCAAAAUAUGGGAACCUAAGAAGAUAAUAGUGCCGAAACAUUUCAAAACCAUGCCCCCUCCGCCCCCCACUGCCCUAUUACCUGAACUACAAGAGGCUGGACAAGCCACCAUGCUAGACUUCGUAGGCAAGAUCUCACAACUGAAGAGUUGGAAGAGUGGCAACCUAGACUCUGUAGGCACUAAGCUAGCAGACCAGACUGACGCCGUGUUACAACAGGCUGACCCCAUCACACACUAUCUCAACAUGAACGGACCUCUAGAGAUCUCAGACUUGAAGUGGUACGAGGGAGGAGAUGGAACUGAAAAAGUAAAAGUGACAACGUUCGGAGGAGGAGGAGGAAGCAAAGUCGGUACACAGACUGCAAUCACAAACAGUAAUAACGACGGCUUCGACAGCGACCCGCCGCAGGAGGAGGCCGUCUCGCAGGGCAUCGCUGUCCAGUGCCUCAGUCUUCCAGCUAAACUCACAUUGAAGGAUGAUUCCAAAGUGACGCAUCUAUUGCCAACUGAAGACAAGGAGCAUCUGCUUGUAGUCAUAUCUAGUAUCGAACCGGAGAAGGUCAAGGUAGAGGAGGAGACUGACAAUGACGGCGAUACCAAAAUGGACGUGGACGAAUGUACCGAACCCAGUGACAAACCAAAAUCUGACGCGAAGGCUUACUUUAUCCUUUAUAAAAUUAACAAUAAGACGUCGAUAUACACGCUGGAGGACAACCCCGUGUCCUUCAAAGAGUUACCAUUCCACGAAAGUCCCGUGGACCUGUGCUUAUUACCGCCUGACAAACAGGAUCAGUAUUCAUUCGCUGCAGUAGGAGUCGACGGCAGCUUAAGGCUGUAUUCACUGCCUGACUUCAAGACUUUGUCUGAGAAACGCGUACCAAAGGGACAGUUCACGUCGGUAGUAUUCUGUGCGUCAGUAGAACGGCUCAGUGUGUCUACUAAACACGGGAUGAUAUACUUCUACGCAUUGAACAACGGCGAGAGGGACAACACGGGGGAUAUAGACGAAGAUGAAUUCGCUAACAUUGACUUCGACAUGCUACAGCGCGCGCCGCGGGACGAGGUGUGCGGCCCGACGCCUGCGCCCGUCAUCAUCGCUAAUAAGACUGAACUCGACUUGUCAGACCUAGAGACUUUAAUAAACUUGACUGGCUAUUAUGGUACUAAUACGACGGUGCCUUACAGCGCGGUUGUGCCUGGGUUUUGGUGUGAGCUGUCACCUGCACAAAGGUCGAGAUCUGAUCAUCAAAAUAAUAGGACAUGGAGGUUGCAGAACACUUCAUCGACGUGGGACGAGCACGUACUGGAGCUGACGUUACCGUACAGUGUGUCACUAGCCCACAUAGAGUUUGGAUUCACCUUACACUCGGCAUGUUCUGCAAAUCUUCCAAUCAUUCUCGUAACGUUACUGAAACAAAACUUGCACGGUAUCGGAUACAAGAAAGACGCCUCUUUUGGUCACAGAUCGGACUCCCCGAUACAUUUCCCAGUUAUAGACGCUGACAUGUCGAAUCUCGAGAAUCCCGUCAAUAGUGAAGAGUACUUACAAGCACAUAACGCUGAGAUAUUGGCGGGACCUUUGUUACUGUCUUCGGGACUGGACAUGACACAACAAUCCGGUACAUUAAUAUUGACGAGCCCUCGGUUAUAUAGAGCCAGAGGCCGGACAUUCCUCAUUCACAUAAAGACACUCUUCGAUCCAGCCAAAGACAUGAGCAAAGCAACAAACAAAACAGGCGAGACUAGUUCCAAGAAGACUGGCUUCAUUGGCUGCGAUUGGUUGCAUCAGAUUUCAUUGACAGUCCGCUCUAGUCCACACACUGACGUGGCUAUGGAGCGACAGCAACGGAUAGCUAUGUUGGAGUCGAAUAGCUUCUUGAAUACAUUGUGUGAGAUAUCUGUAAACAGUGCUGAUUGUGAAAUGAGGAAUAUCGCGAUGGAUCUAUUAAUCUGGGUGGUGUCGAUACGACUGCAACGGAUGCGUUUAUCAAAGACCGACAAAGGUAAAGACAAGACUGUCGAGACACAACAGUUGGAAUGCGUGAAGAUCAUCGAGAAACACACGGACGCACUGAUCAAGAACUGCAUUCUGUGCGCCAACAGAAGCAUUGCAAAGAAAUGCGUGAAAAUUCUUCUAAUUACUAGCGAGGGUGAGAAACAGCUCCCGAAGCCAUGGAAGUCGACGUUCGAGACGACGUUGUCGAGCAGCGUGUGCGCGUGCAUCCCGUACGUGGGCGCCAGCGUGUCGGCGGGCGCCGUGCGCUGGCUGGCGGCGCUGGCGCAGCAGUGCACGGCGCGGGCCAUGGCGCCCGCGCUCGUCGCCAAGUGCAUGGCGCUGCUCGAACGGGCCGCCAAGUGCUUGAGCGACCGACCCGAUGUUUAUCAUAGUCUUUUGAGAGCCAGGUUUGGCCUAUACGGUCUUCCAUUAGAGCGCACAAUAUUCGCGACGGAGGUGCCGGAGUUGGGGCGCGGCACGUCCACCCCGGUCACGUACGCCAGUGUACUGGCGGGCGACACCACGACGCCCCCUGUUCCUAAACCUGACUACCAGCUGAAGGAACUGCUCAACUUGCCUUUGGAGAUGGAUGCGAAGAGCGCGAACUCAUCGACCGCGUGGUGGGCUCAGAACAACGGUGUUGGCGUGUUCGGCGCCGGGCUGAGCGAGGCCAUGCCGCUGCACGUGACGUGCCACGUGGCCUCCGACGGGACCAAGCUCGAGUCCAACGGGACGCGCCAUCACUCCGCUGUUGUCAGCUCGCUGCCCGGCGCUGGACCGGGGGAUCCUAGCCAGCAACUAUGGUCAGUCGUGAAGGAAGGCCAGAUGAAGCAGUCUUCGCAAGACCCUGACUCUCUUGAGGACGUCGAGAGCUCCCUCAUGGAGUGCGAUCCUCAGGAUAAGAUGGAGUUUUCCGAAGAGAAGCUGUUUAAGGAUCAGGAGCAGUGCGGCAUCCCGUGGGCGUCGCUAGUGACGCGGCCCCCGCAGCACACGCUGGUGGUGGAGCGCAUGCACUCCGGCGCGCGCCGGUACAUCGUGCUCGACUUCGGACACGCCGUCAAACUCACUGACGUGAUAAUCCCAUCGUGUUCGGACCUGGUGACGCUGUGCAUAGACAUCUGGGUGACGGGCGAGGAGACGGACUGCGUGAAGCUCGCCUUCGCCACCGACAUCGCCACCAAGCACCUCGUGCUCACUGACAUACAGCCGCCGCCCAUCUGCCGGUAUAUGAAGAUAACCACGAUAGGUAGGUACGGCAUGUCGGCGAUGAAGUGCAAGAUCCCGCUCGGCUGGUUCUACGGCGAGGUGGCGGAGAUCACACAUGUACAGCCUAGCAUCAACGCGCUCAACGCGCUGCAUCAGGACUUGACCUGCCGGUUUAGAUUAGCAACCGGUAAACUAAUGGAUCUUUUGAACCCAUACCUGGAACUAUACAACGGCAAUGCAGCCCAUAUGAUGUCAUACAUGAACAUCAGCAAUGACGUGGACGCCAAGGUGGUGACUGCCUACCAGGAGUGCAUAGAGCUGCAGCAACAACUCCACACUUGUACCAACAUACUCCGGAAGCUACAGAACAAUUCUGACGGGCCUAGGAACCUUCCAGAACUUAUUGACAAAGGCCUCGUGUCUUCUGAAGCUCUAUUAGAAGCAGCUUCCACGGAUAAGCUGAGAGUCAUUAGUGAGACAAUUGUGGAUAUGUUACUGUAUUUCUACUUCCAAGUUGGUGAUGUGCAAUACCCGGAGGUGAGCCGCGAGUGGUGCAGCGUGGUGGUGGCGCAGGUGUGGGAGUGGGGCGCGCGCGGCGCGGGCGCGCUGGCCACGCUGCUGGCGCGCGCCGCGGGCGCCGCGGCCUGGUGGGGCGCGCUGCUGGGCGACACGCUGACGGCGGCCUUCGCGGCCUACGACGCGCCGCCCGCCGCGCUGGACCGCGUGCUGGUGCUGGCCGUGUACAUGUGCCGGCGCUCCGUGUGGGCCGCGCCCGACCACGGGCCCUGCGCCGCGCUGGCCACGCGCGCGCUCGACCUGCUCCGCGCGCCGCGCGCGCAGCCCGCCGUCACCGCCGCGCUGCUCAGCGCGCUCGCCGCCGUGCUCGACACCGUCGCCGCGCACAACGACAAGUACGCCAGGUGGGACUGGGUGACGGGCGGUCGUGCCGGUGGCGCAGCCCCAGGCGUGGACGCACAAGGCUCGCCACGCAACAACGAAUGCAAGCUGCACCGACGCAAGCUGCACAAGAAGUUAUUACACCAAAUGCAAGAGCUAGAAGCUGCCAGGAGAGGCAUACAAGUUGCACUUGAAGAUCAACAGCGCGCCCGUCUGAACCUGAAGGCGCGCAUGGCGAUGGUGGGCAAGCGCGGCGCGGCGCGCGGCGGGGCGUGCGCGGAGUGGAGCCGGCUGCGGCCGCUGCCCGCGCAGCUGGCGGCGCGCCUGGCGCACGCGCUCGUCGCGCACAUGCUCGCCGCCGACACCUGCCACCAGGCAGACGCGCUCAUGCUGGCCGCCAAGGUCGUCGGAAGGCUUUGUGCAUUAUCCGGUGGUGCAAGCCUGUUGGAUCCCUCGUGUAUCCUGGGCCUGGCGCGGCUCGCUGUCACGUUGCCACCCUGGCCACGUCAUGCACUCACUACCUUGCUGCAGGAUCUAGUUGAAUACGAGUCCGGCGAGUCUCCGUCGAGCCCUCCGAACGAGGAGUCGUGGACCGCCGGCGCCAGUUCCUCCCGCGUCAUACGCGUGCACUCCAUACCGCCGGGCUCCGCGCCCGGGGUCAAGGCACGCAAAUUCAAGGGACCCACUGUCGCAGAUUUGUUAGCGGAUAGUUUUGGUCUGGGGAAGACUACGUACUUCAAGCCCAAACUAUUUACCACAGCAGGUGUCAAUUUAGCAAAUAUAGAUGUGGAGGAACAGCUGACGCAAGUGGCCGAGUCUGACGACUCCGAGUCUUCGGAGGAGAAACUCGAGCAAUACUUCAAUGAUGCUGUUAAGAAGGAAACUAGGACUAAACUCGUCGUGGACAAUAGCACCAGUAACGUGUCAGUAUGUUGGGACGCGCGUGUGGAGGCCGGUGGCGGCGGCUGCGGCGGCGCGGGCGAGGCGCACGCGCGGCGCGCCCUGCUGGGCACGGCGGGGGCGCUGGCGGCCGCCGUGCGCGCCCCGCCCCCCGCGCCCCCGCCGGCGCCGCGCGCCCCGCCGCCCCCGCACAGGCCCCACCCGCCGCUUACACACACGCUCUACGAUGUAUUCCGACACCUGGCGCUAGAGUUCCAUUAUCAGAUGGACUGCACAUUCAUGGAGAACGUGAUCUCGCUGUGGCUGACGCUGAACGGGUCGGCGUGGAACGGCGGCGCCUGGUCGCUGGCCACGCUCGCCGUGCCCGCGGACACGCCGCGCAUACGCCUCGCCUCCGACACCGUUAACGCACUGCUACACUCACUUUGCACGUUAGAAAAUAUAUCAUUAAGAUGCUGGGUGCUAUCUAUGCAAGCAUUGGCUUGGAUUGCGAGCUUACCAUUACAGACUGAGGGUAGUAGUACACAGACGAUGGGUCGCGUGAUACUGGAGUGCGAGCACUUCGUGCCGGCCCUCGUCAAGUUCAUCACGAUGAAUGUCAACACCGACGGCGCCGUCGCCUCGUCCGAACCCUAUUUGGGCGGCGCCCAGAUCGGCGCGGGCGCGGGCGCGGCGUCGGCGCUGCACUCGGUGGUGUCGCGCGUGGUGUGCGCGCGCGGCGCGGGCGGCGCGCUGUGUGCGCUGCGCGCCGUGUGCGGCGUGUGGCGGCGCGACGCCGAGCCCGGCCACGCCUACGACCUGCAGGCCACGCUGCUGCGCCUGGCGCACCCCAUGCUGCAGGUGCUCAGCGCCCGCCACGUGCACCACGCGCUGCCACUGCUGCACACUGUCGCGCACCAGUCGGUGUGGUGGGUGCGCGAGAGCAGCGGUUGGCGCGGCGCGGGCGGCGCGGAGGCGCGCCUGUCGGGGCUGCUGGCCGACGUGCUGGCGGGCGGCGGCUCGGGGGCCGCCCGCCGCGCGCCGCUGCGCCGCGCCGUGCUGGCGCAGCUGCUGCACUACUGCCGCAAGCUGCUCGCCGUGCCGCUGCCAACGCCGCAGCCCGCCAACUCGGCAUCAAGUCCGUCAGUAUCUACGAGUGGCGAGCCAUCCCAGUCACAGACGGAUGAAAGCAAGGCCCAGAACAGCAGCACGGCCGAGGCCACCAACGUGGAAGAUGAGAGGAAGCAACAAGCGGCGCGGACGCCGUGCUUCGCUGAUACUGUGCUACAAAAUCAGCAAAUAAUGCAGAAGUUCUACAGGACACUCUCGAUAUGCGAUGGAAUGAACACUGCCUCUUUGAAUUCAGGAAUGUCUACAGAGCCGUCGUCUCUAAAGGAGGAGGUGUUCUGGCUAGUGGCCCACAUGGCUACCGUCGCCUCGAACCCCGCUCUCAUGGUCACCAGUCUUAUGGAAUUCCUGAAGAAGGAAGAAGUAGUGAACCUGUCUCAAGCGAUGCAGCAGCUCAUCAUCAGGGUGCUGGAGUAUCCCGAGGCGCUCUCUGCGUUUAUUGACGCUGGCGGAAUGGAACUAGCGCUUGAGAAGCUCACCGCCUGCCAUCAGGCGGGUCCAAGCAAUGGCCAAGGUCUGGUCUCCUCCCUGAUGAACUACCUGAAGCUACCACCCCAGAUGAUCAACCUGUCCACGCCCGCCUCCGGUAACAAGAAGAACCAGACGCCUGUCAUUGAAACCGCUAACGGAUUGGUUAACAUGGCACCAUUAUGCACGGUGUCAUGCGGCAACCCGACAGCGCAGGCGGCGGACGUGCUACUGGACGGCGGCGGGGGCAUGUCGGUGCGCGGCGCCUGCGCAGCGCGGCGCGUGCGCGCGGCGGCCUGGUCCUACCACUUCUUCAGCGCGGACGACGCCAGCCUCGCACUCACGCUCACCAUGCCAUACGCCGUGCAACUGCACGAGGUGCAACUGCAGCCGCAUCUCACCAGCCUCGCCACAUGCCCUGGAGCAGUGGCGGUGGAGGCAGGUUGCGGGGGUACCCUGGCCCCGCUCGGGCCGCCCCAGAACACGGCCGGCAUGACGUUCAUCCGGCUGGUGGUGGCGCGGCCCAUCGUGUGCACCACCGUGCAGAUCCGGCUCUACAAGCCGCGCGACUCCUCCAACAUGGGGCUGCUGCAGCUCAGGCUGCUAGCUGCGCCCGCCUUCAACAACCAUGCCAGUACCACGCCUACCACGAGCAACAACUGGGCGUGCGUGGUGGCGGCGUGUACCCGCGCGGGCAGCGGCGCGGGCGCGCGGCUGGCGGGCGGGCGCGGCGCGGGCGCCGUGAGCGCGCUGUGCGCCUGCGUGGCGGGCGGCGGGCCGGCCGCGGCGCACGCGCACACGGCGCUGCUGGCCGCCGCGCGCCACGCGCCCGCCCUGCGCGCGCCGCUCGUCACCGCGCUGCUCAACAUGGACGCGCACGCACACGCCAACGUGUGUACUGAUAUUCAUGUCCGUGUAACAGCGUUCCAAGUGUCAGUGGGCGGGCGCGUGAACGGCAGCAUGCGCGCGGUGUGCGAGCUGGUCCGGCAGCUGUGCCGCAGCUGCCCCGCGGGCUGCGUGGCGGCGUACGUGCAGUGGCUGGCCGCCGCCGCCGAGCUCUGGCUGCGCCAGAAGGACCCGCCCUCCGCCGCACUCACACACACUCUCGCUUCAGUAUUAUGGACGUUGAAAGAGAAGAACAUCCUGGACAACUUGGAGGAGCUGAUCACGGACGACCUGUUCGAGCUCGUCUACACGUGGGUCAAGGACGUGCCCGAAACUAGUCUACUCAAGAAAUCGUUAGAUGCUAUAUUAUGUUCGAUGUGCUACAUCCGACCGGAGUUGUUCAAGAUGCUCCUCGAACAUAUGGAUAUUCCCAUGGAUCAAGACGAAAGCAUGGAGGGCCUGACGGACGACACGAAGGUGCAGUGCCCGCGCGCGGGCGGCGGUGGGCGCGCGCGCGUGGCGCUGGCGGCGCGCGCCGGGCUGCUGCACAGCGCCGCGGCCGCCGCCAUGUCGCCCGCCGCCAGCGCCGCGCUGCUGCGCUCCACGCUGCCCGCCGCGCUCGUCUCCGCCAUCGCCGACUUCAGCGAAGCGAAAUUAGAAUCGAUUAAGGCGCAGAGGAAUUCAACAGAAGAUGUACCAAUGGUGGACCCUGAGAAGGAGCCGGGUCAGCCGAAGUCGGAGCUACCCUCGAUGAAGACGGUGCAUCAGUUGGUGGAGUGGGCGCGCGCAGUCUGCUGGUCCAAGCGGCUGAAGGACUGGCUCGGAGGCCCCGGCAGCAUAUUCUGGAAGCCACUGCUCACGCUACUGUGCUACCCUAGACCUCAUUACAGCAGUAGUUGGCAGGAAGACGCUCAGUACGCGCAGCUGGAGGAGAGCACCAUCCGACUGUUCGCGGAGCUGACGGUCUGCCACCCCGCCAACCAGCAACUGUUCGCUUCCACGCUGCACAGCAUACUCGAGGCAUUGCCUAGCAACGAGGGUAUCAGCGGGUUCACGCGCGCGCUGAUCCUGCGGCUGGUCCUGUCCCCGGAGCGCGUGUGGGUGUCGCUGCGCUGGGCCGAGGGCGGCGCGGGCGCGGCGGGCGCGCACCCCGCGGCGCACGCGCACGCCGUGCUGCCGCUGCCGCUGGCGCGCAGCGUGCGCGACGUGCUGGCCGACCACCGCCCGCCCGUACCCAUAAUGGAGGACACGACGAAAGUAUGCAUGAACUCGUCCCCCACGUCGGCCGGUACGUCGGUGCUGCGCAGCGCCUCGGACACCGCCAUCACCACGGUGGCGGAGGCCUGGGAGCUCAGCCUGGCCGCCGCCAGCGCCUCCAAGGACAAGCGCGUCAAGGACGUCAAGAACACCUCCCUCAAACAGCAGAACAACAAGAAGCGACAGACUAAGACCAGCAAUGACGCGUCCGUACUGUCCGUCACCGAUGAUUUGAUAGAGUCGUCGAUCCGCGUGCAAGUGCCGGGGCUGGAGGGCUUCAUCCCGCCGAGCACGACGCUGGCGCAGCUGACGGCCGCCGUGCCCCAUACCAUCGGGCCGCAUCUCUCACUCACGCUGCAUCUCAACACCAACGGCGAAGCGUGGUCUGGUCCGAUGUGGGAGGGCGCAUCGUCAACUAGUCCCUCGAGUCCGGGCGCUGGUCCCAGUUCCAGCAGUGCAGGGACCACGAGUAGCUCGGCAGCCUCGACCGGCGGCUCGGCCAUCCUGCGGUGGUUCGGCGCCGUCGGGGGGCUGGCGCUGGUGGCCGCGCGCCUGCCCCGGCCCCACGCGCCCCCGCCCGACCCGCCCGCGCUCGUACACCACCACCACGACCUCGACUGGGUCAAACUUGAUGACCCUUACGAGGAGGUAGUGGAGCUGGGCGUAGCUGCAGGCGGGGGCGGGGCGGGGGGCGGUGCCGAGGAGGCGGGCUGCACGGGCGUGCCGGCGCACGCGCUGCUGGCGCUGGGGCUGCUGCUGAAGCUGCCCGGCUACGCGGACGCGCUGCUGGACGAGGGCGCGCGCGCCUGCCAUCUGCUGCGACUGCUGCUCGGCGUCACGCACGACGAGGACGGACGGAGUAUCGCGGUGGGCGAGGCGCGCGGCGAGGCGCGCGGGUCGCUGGGCACGCUGCCGUUCGCGGUGGUGGCGCGGCUGCUGGAGCGCGCGCCGCUGCGGGCCGACGCGGGCCGCGCGCUGCGCCGGGCGCUGCUGCAGCGCGGCGCCGUGCGGCUACUGCUCGCCUGCCUCGCCGUCUUCACGCACCAUCGGCCCAACUCCAACGAUAACAGCCAAGGUUCAAAUGGAUCGACGGGCAAGUCUGAAGAGAAGAGCCAGUUGUACUGGGCGAAGGGCACGGGCUUCGGCACCGGGUCCACGCAACAGUCGUGGAACGUGGAGCAAGCACUCGUGCGCCAGAGGACUGAGGAGGAACACGUCACUGUCCUACUGCAGGUAUUAGCGUCGUAUAUGAACCCGGGCGAGAAGUGGCCUCCGGAGGAGGGCGCGGCGGAGUCGACGGACAGGGAGGACUCGGACGACUCACACGACCUACCCGCGGAGUUCAUCGACCUCAUCGCCAACAGCUCGCUCGUACCUGCCAUCUGCUCCUAUCUUAGAAACGAUUCGGUGCUGGACAUGUCGCGGCACAUCCCGCUGUACGUGCACGUGCUGCGCUGCGCGCGCGCGCUGUGUGCGCUGGGCGCGCGCCGCCUGGCGCCCGCGCUGCGCCCGCUGCCGCGCCUGCUGGCCUGCAUGUCGAGGACCACCAACUCCUACGCCACCAAGCUCAGAAUGAGUAAGAAGAAUAUAUUCGGUAAAAUGACAUAUAGCCAAAGAUUUAGUACUUCAAGUAAUUCAGAAUUAUCAGAAGAGGACGAGGGACUCGCCGCGCUCAUUGCUGAUAUACAAGCAACGUCGGCGUUAUUAUGUCGGUCGGAGAACGAGGCGGAGUCCGGCCGGGCGAGCGGCGCGCCCGCCCCGCUCAGUGGCGCCACGCGGGAGGCGCGCUACAUUGAACUCAUGCGCACCAUGCAAUUCGAGACGUUCGAGAUGAUAGCGGAGUGCGCGGAGAGCGGGUUCCGGUUCCUGGUGCCGUACCACUUCGAGGGCGCCGUGCGCGCGGCGGGCGAGCGCGCGCACCCGGCGCGCAUGAAGCGCCUGGCGCAGGAGGCCGCCACCCUCGCCACCUCGCUGCCGCUCUCCUACUCCUCCUCCGUCUUCGUGCGCACCGACGCAGACCGACUCGACGUCAUGAAGGUCCUAAUAACGGGUCCGUCGGACACGCCGUACGCGAACGGUUGCUUCGUGCUGGACGUAUACUUCCCGGCCGAGUACCCGGCGGUGCCCAUGCUCAUCAACCUGGAGACGACGGGCCGCCACUCCGUGCGCUUCAACCCCAACCUGUACAACGACGGCAAGGUCUGCCUCUCCGUGCUCAACACCUGGCACGGACGCCCCGAGGAGAAGUGGAACGCACACACCUCCAGCUUUCUACAGGUGCUGGUAUCGAUCCAGUCCCUGAUCCUAGUCCCGGAGCCGUACUUCAACGAGCCGGGCUACGAGCGCAGCCGCGGCACGCGCGUCGGCUCCAGCGCGUCCCUGGAGUACAACUCCAACAUCUACCAGGCCUGCGUGCGCUGGGCCAUGCUCGACCACCUCAGGAACCCAGAGCCCUGCUUCAAGGAGGUGAUCCAGACCCACUUCUGGAUAAAACGUAAUGAAAUAAUGCAGACGGUGGCGAACUGGAUCACAGAGCUCGAGAGCCAAAGCGGGGACGAGCGCACCCAGCGGAGCAUACAGCUCAACCUCAUGGCGCUCAAGCGGCACUACGUGAAGCUGCAGGAGGAGCUGGCCAAGCUGCCGGUGCCGGCGGGGCUGGAGGAGCUGGACGAGCCGUUCCAGCUGCCGGCGGCGCCCGAGCCCGCGGCGCAGGCCCCGGCGCCGCCCACCAACGACGAGAUCGACCACGACAUGGAGAAGAUCGUGUCGCAGGUCCUGGACUGAGCCGGCCCCGGCGCCCGAGCGCAAUGAAAGUACAAGUAGGAAGCUGCCACUGCUGCCGGUCACCCUGCGUACGCUCGCCAUACGUUUCUAGCGAGUUUAUUGUUCGUAAACAAUUUUCUUUUUAUUUUGUAGUAGAAGAUUUCGGUUUUUAUAGUUUUUUUAGUAGGCGUUUAGGAUUUAGUGGGACCUCCGUUUAGUUUAACACACAUUGUGAUACUAAAAUGGGCCCGCUCGGCGCCCGGUAAGAUAUUUAAGCAGGAGUAGAAGUACGGGCCGAAGACAUCGCGACGUACUGGCGUCACGACUCGUGUACAUGAAAUUAUAAUUUGAUGUAUAUAACUUAUUGUUUUAAUUUUUGUAUUCUAAGAAUAUAUAAUGAUAUGUAUCGCUGUAUGCUCUAUAAGAGUAGUCGGAGGCGGCUGAACUAUACGAAGGAUAAAUUGUAUAACUCGUUUGGUAGUAAAUUAUGUACAGGCCUAGCCACCUCUUCGAGCAUUGUCGGUCGGGGUCGGUGGGGUGACGUUUGUGGAUGUAUGUGUGUAUAUAGAUAAAUCACCAGUAGACUCGUGUGUUUCUCGCUGUACUUUCAUUGUCAGGUAAGUUGGACGUAGGAACUUUAUUGUUACAUUUGAUUGUGAAUUUCGGAAUGUAAAUAAAAAUUUAUGUUAUCGCAAUGUUUUUCUUUUGUUGACGUCACGUCUGCCCGGGUAUAUUUAUGACAAAUUGUAAUUUAUUUAGAUUAUGUUGUGUUGUGUUCGAGACUAAGCUUGACUUGUUCUAUAUAUUGCUGGGGUCCAACGAGCCUCGCCCUCACUCUGUCUAUACUUAUGUCAUAUAUUCAGCUUUGUAUUUAAUUCUGACGAGCGGUAAUAUAAUUAAACAGAACAUUUUGCUAA